AUGAGGGCAGUCAACGAUUGGUUGGAGCACAAGGGCUUGGGGAGGUAUGCCGAGAAGAUCGUCGAAGUGACCGAUGUCACCUGCUUGGAAGACUUUAAGAUGAUUGAUGCCAAGAUGGCAGAGCAGAUCAUCGAGACUCUGCAGUUGAAGCUCUUCUGCAGCGCUUUGCUUUGUGAGCCAUUCCAGUCGAAGGCUGGGUCUGUUGGGAAACCUGGGAUGAAGCUGGUCACGGCGGAGAAGUUCCGGCAAGCUGUGGCGGAAGUCAUCGGUGCCCGACUCGAGGGCGCUGUAGCCGCUCCACCACCGCCUCCAGAGGAGCCGUUGCAGGAGGUGAUUGCCAUUUGCAUUGAUCGCUCAGGACGGUGUGCGACGGUGUGCCCUCUUGCGGGGCCCAAGGCACUGGCAUCAACGACCGCAGGAUCGAUGGGAACUCCCUUCGCAGAGGUCACGUUGAAUGUGGUGAAAGGCGAAACCCGAGAUUCCGUGGCGCAGCGCACUCGGAUGGAAGCGGUGAAGGCCAUGUUCUACGCCUUCCGAGAUCGAGUCGAGAGCAUGGGCAGUGGAAAAUAUCAUUUAGGAUUGCUUCAAUUCGAUGACAAGGUCGAGCGCAUGCUGGACACCACGCCGUCCCUGGAUCUAUUUGAAUCAGUGGUGGAUGACAUGAAGAAGAGGGGACAGACGGCGAUCUACUCUUCCAUCGUUGAGGCGAACGCCGUGCCACGAAGUUUCAGCGUCGUGCAACGAGUGGACGACGUGGCAACCUGGGCACGCACCGUGCACCAGGAGGAAGGUUUCCUGCGACGGGCGACUCGGAUGUUGGAGAAGUACUUCAGCACCGACUCCAAAGUGGACCUCCGAAUCUUGGUGCUCACCGAUGGGCAAAACAACUCCGGUGUCUCUCCAGAAGCAGCCUUUGAAGCUGUCAACAACAUCGGAGCAGUGGUGGACGCCAUCAUCGUGGGGAACAAUCCUGACAGCGACUUGCGACGCAUCGUGACGGCCACCGAUGGGCAGUGCUACCAGAUCGGCCAUCUGGGCGAAGGCUUUGAACUGCUGGAGUCGGAGGCCGUCGUCUCCCUGAAGGCGCGCCGCGGAGGCCUGGAGAAGCCGCCCUACCAGCCGCGCGAGGUGCAUUUCAAGAGUGUCAAGGAGAGGGAGAUCAUCUCUGGCUCCAAUGUGCCCCGAGUACGCGACUUCGUUCAGGAGCGUUUGGCACAGCAGAAGGUCGUGUCUCUGGCCUCGGUGGAGACCGAAGCGCUGAAGAAGGAAUCGCACCUGAGCUCGGGUGCCUUGCGACGCAUUCUCAUGGAGUUGAAGCGCCUCAACGAGGGCGCCCCGCCGGGGAUCCACGUCUUCCCCACGGAAGAUGUGAGCUUCUGGCGCGUGCUGAUGGAAGGGCCUCCCCAGAGUCCCUUUGAGGGAGGUAUCUUCGCCUUGGAUGUGCUUUUGCCCAACGAGUAUCCCUUCCAGCCCCCGAAGAUCACCUUCCAGACGCCGAUUUAUCAUUGCAAUGUGAAUGCCAACGGAGGAAUUUGUCUCGACAUCCUCAAGGAGUCCUGGUCACCCAACUUGACCGUGCAGCAGUGCCUCACCUCCAUCCGUGCGCUGCUGGCGGAGCCCAACCCCGAGGAUGCGCUCCGCCAGUGGAUCGCCGAGCUCACCUUGGCGUAUAAGCCGCUUGGCUUCUAG